AUGGAAAAUGGAGGCGCGCAACCAGGAGCGCCAGUUCCACACCGCAGCGGGAACAAUGAAGCCGGUCGAAGGUCUAGGUCCGGCAGCGCCUCCAGCGUGCUGCACAAACGAAGCUUUUCGUCGUCAUUAUUUUCCAAAUUUACCUUUGCACGUAUGAACCAGUCGAGCGGUAAUGUUGCCGAACGCGGCAGUGAAAACGCGGCCCAGACGCAGGGCGAGGAUGCUGGGCCAUUUUUGGGCCGAGAGAUAUUGGAGGCGCGAGCGGGGGGAGGGGGAGGGAGGGCUAUGGCCACUGCAUUGCAGCAGCAGAUAAGGACGAGGAGGAGAAAAGGCUCCCUGAGAAAGACAGCGCUGUUGGGGACGGGAGUCCUGAGAAUGGCCCAGAAGGGCCCGCCCAGCCGGGCUGCGGAGGUCUCUCGCGAUGUCUCUCCCAACAAAGACAUCGACCGAAACAAGGACACGGGCGCGGAGCAGACAAGCCGCGAUGGUCUAACGCGCUUUCCUGAUCUCUCUCUACCUGUCGGACACGAUGAAGGUGCAACGAUGGCUUCGCGGCCAUUCGAUCAACGAGCUCCUCCACGACCACCUACGCCUCCCGUCCGCCCAUCUCCCCAGCCGGCCUGGAAUCACCAUCCGUCCCAAGGGCGGGAGCAGCCACAGCAGCAACAGCAGAUGAAGAAACCCGUACAGCAAGUCACCUCACAUUCGGCCUCGGAAGCCCACAGCACAAUGAGCUCCCUGCGCGACGAUGUCCCCACCGACGAGGACGACCUGAUCUCCUUCCCGCCCCUCACCAACUCCCUCUCGCGCCUCUCCAGUCAAACAAGCACCAGCAGCAUCUCCGCCUUAUCCUCCCUGCCCCCGCGCCGCAUCCCGCUAUCAAUUCCCACCCUCUCAUGCAGCUCAGACUCUUACUUCCCACCCCUCGGCUCCAACGACGCCGGAACCAUCGCGAAAUCACGCCCUCGCGCUCCCUCCCAGCGCGUUCGGUCCCCGCUCGCAACAAACCCCGCCGAAAUGGCCUCCUCUCCCGAAGGAUGGGACUACUCCGAGACCGAAUGGUGGGGCUGGAUCAUACUGGUCGUGACGUGGGUGGUGUUUGUCGUGGGCAUGGGCAGCUGUCUGGGGGUAUGGAGCUGGGCAUGGGAUGUUGGAGAGACACCCUAUGCGCCGCCGGAGCUAGAGGAUGAUCCAACGCUGCCAAUUGUGGGAUACUAUCCAGCGCUGAUUAUACUGACGGCGGUGAUGGCGUGGGUUUGGGUGGUGGUGGCGUGGAUGGGAAUGAAGUAUUUUCGGCAUGCCAAUAUUUCGGGAGAGGAUAUAUGAAUGGCCCUCA